GCGGUCUUAUUGUUUCCAACACGUGCGGUUUAAUAUUGUUAAAAUAUUUAAUAAAAUCACCGGGGCAAAUGGCAAGCACAAUGCGCAAGGAACCGCUUCUGUACAUGGAAGAGUAUCGGGUCAAGCAGGAUCCGCAGGACUAUGGACUGGCGGACGACGUUUUCUCCGUUCAGGCGUACAAGGAAAAGCUGCACAUCAAAAUUGUCAAGAACGACGAGGACGGCCUAGAGUUCGAUCUGAUUGGGGUUUAUCCCGCCAUUGCAAAUGCCUUUCGACGCCUGAUGCUCAGCGAUGUUCCAAGCUUGGCCAUCGAAAAGGUGUACAUAUACAACAACACCUCGAUUAUUCAGGACGAAGUUCUGGCCCAUCGGAUGGGUCUACUUCCGCUGCGGGCUGAUCCCCGGCUAUUCGCAUACCGCACCGAGGAGAGCACUGAGGCGGGCACCGAGCAGGAUACGUUGGAAUUCGAGCUGAAGGUGAAGUGCUCGCGGCGACGGGAUGCUGGCAAGGAUCAGUCGAACUUCGAUGACAUUUACAAAAACCACAAGGUGUACUCGGGUCAUCUAAAGUGGCUGCCAAAGGGAAAGCAGGCGCAGAUUUACAACGAGAGUGCUGUAAACUGCAUUCACGAUGACAUACUGAUUGCCCAACUCCGUCCGGGUCACGAGCUGGACCUUCGGCUGGUGGCGGUCAAGGGACUUGGCCGAGAUCACGCCAAGUUCUCACCGGUGGCCACGGCCACCUACCGACUGCUGCCCCUGAUCAAGCUGAACCGCGAGGUCUCUGGAAAGGAUGCGUACCUAUUGCAGAGCUGUUUCUCACCAGGUGUGAUAGGCAUCGACGAGAACGAAACCGCCUAUGUGAAGGAUGCGCGCUACGACACCUGCAGCCGUAAUGUGUAUCGCUAUCCCCAGCUAAACGACGCUGUGACUUUGGCCCGUAUCCGAGAUCACUACAUCUUUUCCGUGGAGUCGGUCGGCGCACUUAAGCCCGAUGUCAUCUUCCUGGAGGCGGUCAAGGUGUUGAAGAGAAAGUGUCGGGCAUUUAUAGAUGAAAUUGAGGCAGAAUAGUUAUUUAUUUAGUUGUUAAAGAGAUUAUACUAUGUACAUAAGACAGCUUGAUAUAAAUUGUAAGCCUA